UGAACGCGCGCCCGGUGUAGACCGACACGCGGGCCUGCCUGAACGUUGCUGCUUCGUGUCCGUGUGGUAAAGCGUUACCUGUGCGUUACCGUGUGUGCGUUACAAAAGGGGCUCAGCAGCAACUGGUGCUGGCUCUGCCGUACCGAACGGUGCCACACCAGGGAGAGCUGGUUCGGUUAGUUCGGUUUAACGACAACGACGGUGCAGUUUGCGUUUUCUGGUUGUGUACUGGCUGCGUGUGUGUGUGGGUGCGUGCGUGUUUUUGUGAGUGUUUAAGAAGUUAUCUAACUGGCUUGUCAACCAAAAAAAAAAAAAGAGGAAACGUCUUGAAUAUAUGAGAUGUAAAAAGUGUCAAAGAAAGUGUGUGUGUGUGUGUGAGUAAGGGUGAGGACUUGGGUGUGUUUUCCAGUGCAGUUUUGUUGCUCAAGCGAAAGGCUAAGGUUUCCAUCGUCCCUAUGGUGAAUACGAGCUCGUUGUGACACGUUUGAGGUGGAAAGUGUUUGAAAAGGAUGUGAAUUAGUAUUAGUGUGCAAUUGUCCGUCGAUCUAGUGGAGCAUCUAAAUUAGCUGCAAGCAGAUUAAUGAAGGCGUUUAAGCAGAUUUAAUAAGACCCUGAAGCGAACGGCUCACCAUCAACAACCAGCUGCAUCAUGGCGAUGGAAUGGAUUACGGCAAUAGAUAAACGGCCUUGUGACCGGAAUCUUCGCGACUGUGAGCUAAUAUCAUGCCGCCUGCGACGAGUCGAGCCACUAUGCCGAUUACCAGGCUCAGCGCUACAGCAGUUGGCCAUGUGUGGUUUCUACGAGGAUCUAGAAAAGGGUGUUACGUUAUUCCGUGCCGGAGAGCAGGGACGCUACUGGUACGCAGUGCUGGGAGGACAGCUGGAGGUGCGAUACCAUGCGGCUGACACGAAAGAUGGCAAGCUGUCAGUAACACUAUGUAAUUUGGGCGUUGGGGCCACCUUCGGCGAGUCCAUCCUGCACGAUCUGCCCCGGGACAGUACGGUAGUGACGAAAACAACCUGCGAGCUGCUGCGAGUGGAGCAGCAAGAUUUCAGACUGAUUUUUGAGAAAAAUAAAGAAUUAAUGAACGACAUAAUCACAAACUGUAGGCUAAAAAAUGGAUUUGGUCAGAGCAUGCAGACGACCAGCACGGUCCAGACGAACGUGCAGCAGCAACCGUCGCCAACGAAAAAGCAGCUCAGUCCGGAUCAUCCAAAUCCUGCCGCACCAAUUACGGAGAUACCAAGCCCCGCAAUGUCUCGCAUGGGCUGGGCUCUCCGGACUCUACUAGUGUCAGACAAUACAAGCUGUUUAAAGGACCGAAAGGUGGGUGGAAAAUUCAUAAGGAAAUGUGCGCCCGGCACGGAGCUGGUCGAAUGGUUGCUGAAUCUCUCACCGAUCGUCCACACGCGAACGCAGGCAGCCGGCAUGUGGCAGGCACUGCUCGAGGAAGGUGUUCUGUGUCACGUGGCAAAAGAGCAACCGUUCAAAGACAAGUGCUUUCUGUAUCGCUUCAAGUCGGACGAGGACGGUACGGCCGGCGGUGCGCCCACGUCCGACGAUGUUAACCACGCGAACGAACACAUCCGGGAGGCACUUCCGGCGCUGCUGCAUCGCGGCCCGGAUGCAACGCUCCGUAUGAUUUUGAGAAAACCGUCACACGAACGAACGCAGGAAGAGCUGGAGCUAGUUUACGAGGAGCUGCUACACAUCGCCGCCCUGUCCCACCUGUCAACCUCCAUCAAGCGUGAGCUAGCCUCCAUUAUCGUCUUCGAAGCACACGCACACGCCGGCACCGUAUUGUUUAACCAAGGCGACGAAGGACGAUCCUGGUACAUCCUGCUGAAAGGCUCCGUCGACGUAGUUAUCCACGGUAAGGGUACGGUUGCAACGCUCAAGGAAGGUGAUGACUUUGGCAAGCUGGCGCUUAUCAACGACGCACCCAGGGCGGCUACGAUCGUGCUGAAGGAGAACAACUGUCUUCUGCUGCGUGUGGACAAGGAACACUUCAAUCGCAUCCUGCGCGAUGUGGAAGCGAACACGCUGCGGCUGCAGGAACACGGCAAGGACGUACUAAUACUGGAACGGGUUGCGAAACAGCGAGGAUACUCGGCAUUCAAAUACACUGUUAUGUCUGGUACGCCUCAGAAAAUGCUGGAACACCUGCUCGAGACCCGACUCGGUGGCCAAGCUGGACCAAACGAUCCGUUCCUGGACGAUUUCCUACUGACACACAUCGUCUUCAUGCCGACACCGUUGCUGAUUGACGAGCUAGCCGCCAACUAUCAUGCGGAUGCGGACAUUGACCUGCGGCAGGCUAGUGAGGAAGAUCAGGAAUAUUUCCUAACCAGCAAGCGGCGCGUAGUGCAGUUCAUUCAGCGAUGGGUCUUGGCCGUGCGGCAUGCUGUGUUCGACGAUCCUCUGGCGGUAGAAUUUAUAGAGGAGCUGGCUACGGACGUUGAGGCGGAACCGGCACUCCAGGAGGAAGCAAGUAUCAUACAUCACGUGCUAACGCAAUUAUCCCGAUAUCAGGAGGACCGCCAGAUGAACGCGACCCAGAAAUGGAAGCUCCCACCCAACGGACAGCCAAUCUGCCUGUUCAGUGGCAACACACACUCAAAGACUGUUAUACGCCCGGAUGACGAUAUAAUUUUCCGUGUGUACUGCGCCGAUCAUACGUACUGUACCCUGCGCUUCCCGAUGGCCACGACGGCCGAGGUAAUUAAGGCCUGUGCCGCCGACAAGCUACAGAUCGCCCGACUACCCGAGGAUCUGCUCCUGGUGGAGGUGAAAUCGAGCGGAGAGCGUGUCGUGUUUAAGGACAACGAUGUUAGUUUACCAACGGCACUCAGUUUGAAUGGACGAAUUUUUGUCUCCCCCAAGGACCAUCUGGACGCACUGACACCUCUACCCGAACAGGAACUACCGACCGAUGCGCCAGAUGUGGACUUUGAAGCACUAUCAACUAAGGACGUCGCCUACCAUAUGACACUAUUCGACUGGGAUCUCUUCUGGGCUGUGCACGAGUACGAACUACUGUACCAUACCUUUGGACGACAUCAUUUCAAUAAGAUCACCUCGAAUUUGGACGUUUUCAUCAGGCGCUUCAACGAGAUACAGUACUGGGUGGUGACGGAGAUCGUCUCAACGACCAACCUUACCAAGCGGAUGUCUCUGGUGAAAAAGUUCAUCAAACUGGCCGCAUUCUGCAAGGAAUAUCAGAACCUGAACGCAUUCUUUGCCAUCGUGAUGGGUCUCUCGAAUACGGCCGUCUCGCGGCUGUCGAUGACGUGGGACAAACUGCCGUCCAAGUUCCGGAAGCUGUUCACCGAGUACGAGGCACUGAUUGAUCCCAGCCGGAACCAUCGGGCUUAUCGGAUGUCAGUUGGCAAGUUACAGCCACCGGUUAUACCCUUUAUGCCGCUGCUGCUAAAGGACAUGACGUUCGCUCACGAAGGCAACAAAACCAGCCUGGACGGGUUGGUCAACUUCGAAAAGAUGCACAUGAUGGCGCAAACGAUGCGUGCGGUACGGUUCUGUCGAUCACGACAUCUUGUGCUUGAUCCACCCUCACCGAAAAAUGAGAACGAAAUCCGCAACUACAUCCGCUGCUUCCGGACGAUCGAUAACCAAAGAGUGCUCAACUCGAUGUCACAGAAGGUGGAACCGCGUCGAUCCUAAGACCGUUGCCCGGAGCCAGAUACAAGUCCCAGGUGAUUAUUAAGCUCGUCAAACACCACCCCACCACCAAAUCGACCCCCGGACAUCCGCUGGUCAAGCUGGUACCGAGAGACCAAACACCCCGACUGCGUGUGAUUGUACGAUGAUGUGAUGAUGAUGAUGAUGAUGAUGCACAAAGCAAGCCGACAGCACCACAAAUCCACACAUUCACACCGGAAGUUAUCAUUUCUGCCCGGUUUGCCAGGUUUGGUACGAGGCGGGUAAAUAACAGAAAAUGGAAAUACCAAGGUCCCGACCAGGCGAAACCAGGCCUCCGAUUUUGGGUUCGUUUUAUGUUUUGUACACAGUACGCUAGUGCGAUACGAUUUAUAUGGAAGGGCGCUCAGCAUAUUUUGUAUCUUGUUGAAAGUAUUUAUUAAUUCCAUUCUCGUCCGCUUUGUGUUAUUUUUUACAAAUCCGUUGUUGUGAUUUUGAAUCUUCGAUUUGAUUUAAUUCCUCUCAAUAUUACCUUUCGCUGUUUUAUAAUAUUAGUUUUAACCAUUCUUCUUGUACGUACCACUCAUCUACCUACACCUGGCCUACAUCUUUCGUAACCGUAGUGUACUGAGAAGUAUUUAAGUCGUAUUUUAUUUUUAGCUCCCUCUUCUUAAAUAAACAUCUUGUCGUUAAAGUAUCGAAUUUGUUUUUUUUUUUCUCUUCCUCUAUCAUUGCUCAUUUAAAUUCAACGAAGAGAAGUGUUUUGAAUUGUUGCAAAACGCACUUAUUAAACUCAAUGCACAACCACCAAGUCUAUCUCUGCCAGAGCUGUUGCAUGGUUUAGUAACAUUUUUUACUACCUUUGGAAUAUAUUUUUAUACACAAAAACAAAAACACAAACAAACUUUAAAAUACUAACCCCUCAAAGUAUGCAAUGCUUCGAAACGGUUUCCUCGUAGUACGCACUGUGCUACGCAUGAUCUUACUUGGGUGGCUCGCCGUCUAGAGUGCCGCCUUAUACAAUCCACCGAGUGCUGAAGUAGUGAUUUGCUUUCUAGUUGGCAUUAUACUGCAAAAAUCUCGCUUUAUACUUCUUAUUUAUUUUUUAUUAAAACCCCAAAACCACUCAUAUCGCUUUGUUGCAUAACAUGAAAAUAAAUCUGACACACAGACAAAACCUGUUCGCCAAUGUCAAUAUCAAGUGCAUGUUAAGAUAAGUCACCAGAAGCGCUAGAGCUAAACUAUUUUUCACAGCAGAAAACAAAUAAAAAAAGGAAACGCUAUUUACAAAGUGAGGUGCAAAAGGUCACUUAUACAUGUAUAUUUACACGCUGCUGCUACACAGAUGCUUAAGAGAGAAUAUCAUACUUGCUCCUGUCCAAUCCAUUCCCUGCUGCACCUGUAAGUGGAAAUCUUUGGCUGGUCCAAAGCUGGAAUUCCAUGUCCGUCUAUCCUGUCCUUCGUUCUACCGUUCUACCCACCACGCUUGGGUAGCUGCUCCCAGCGAACCGUACUAAAUUAAUCAUAAUUGUGGCAUUCGCAAUGCUUCUUUUUGCAGAACAUAACAUAAACAGCCCACAUGUCUUUGUUAGCGUAAAUGUGUUGUUAGCCUGUAAGAAACCCCUUUCUAAAUUCAAUAUGGAAAAUAAAUGUACCCAAACAAGCUCACGCACACACACGAACAGUUUAAAAUAGGAAGAAAAAAAAACAUAAAAUAAAAGAACACACACGCAUGUCAAUGUGAUUAGCCGACAAUCUUUCCAGCAAGUAAAAUUAUAAUAUGUAAACGAUAAAUAGAGACAUACAAAAUAAAAACCAACAACAUAUUCCGUCGAUGUUCAAGCAAAGGAAAAUAGUGACAAAACAACCCCGACAGACCGUAACAGAAAUACCGACCGUAGCACCUACUGUUUUUUUCUGGAUGUGUAUUAGCGUACCAACACUGCGGGGACACUAAAUACCACUAACACUUCCUUAAAGUAAAAAAAAA